UUAUUGAUAUUGUGGAGAUAGCAUAAAGAAAAGUUGAAAUUAUCAAGAGAGUCAAGACAAAGAGAGUCCAAGGCAGAUUCACUAAGAGAGAGUAGGACAAUGAUGAUGUCUUGCAAAGGAGAACGAGAAAGGGUGUGACCUUCACCAACAGAAUGAAUCAGACAACCAAGUAAUCUGCUAACUCUUCCUAACUCCUUGUCAAGCAAAGCAGGAGAUAUAUCUCCAAUCCAUAGCUCCCAACACAGUGCUCCUGUGGCUUUUGAAGGAAGCAAGACUGAAGCGUGACACUUUUUUUUUUGAGACUUCUGUCUGAAACUGACCUGAAAAAGUUCCAGAGGUUUUCUUUGUGCAAAUCCAGUCUAUUCAGGAAAUGAAGUUGGUGUAAUUUUAGCAGAAGUCAUCACACAAAUAUAACUGGUAUCUCCAAGUACCAGUGGACGCAGUGUGGAGUCUGCAUUUAAACUAUACACUUAUAAUGGAUGAUGGUUAUAGAAAUAGUGCAAAUCUCUAUCAUGGAGCAAGGGAUAUAGCUAGAGAGGCAAAUUGGCAGGCUAGGAACCAAGGAAUGGAUGACUAUAGAUAUCAGGAUGGCAAUUAUGAACGGUAUAUGCCCAAUGACAGCUAUUACCGGGGAGGAAAUGAGUCCAACCAAGAUGAAGAUGCCCAGAGUGAUGCCACUGAAGGCCAUGAUGAAGAUGAUGAAAUCUAUGAAGGGGAGUACCAGGGCAUUCCCCACCCAGAUGACAUUAAGGCAAAGCAGAAGAAGAAAUCUCCGUCCAGGUCUGAUGACUACAGAGACCAGAAAGAUCUCAUGGCAGAACGUUUGGAAGACGAGGAGCAGCUGGCUCACCAAUAUGAGAAUAUCAUUGAGGAAUGUGGUCAUGGGCGUUUCCAAUGGACGCUCUUUUUUGUUUUAGGUUUGGCCCUGAUGGCUGAUGGGGUGGAAGUUUUUGUGGUGGGUUUUGUCCUUCCCAGUGCAGAGAAGGACAUGUGUCUAUCCAGUUCCAACAAAGGAAUGCUAGGGCUGAUAGUCUACCUGGGAAUGAUGGCCGGGGCCUUCAUCUGGGGUGGCCUGGCAGAUAAGCUUGGGAGGAAGAAAGUCCUUGGCAUGUCUCUAGCAAUCAAUGCCUCCUUUGCCUCCCUCUCCUCUUUCGUGCAGGGCUAUGGCUUCUUCCUCUUCUGCCGCCUUAUCUCUGGUAUAGGGAUUGGGGGGUCUCUCCCCAUCGUAUUUGCCUAUUUUUCUGAAUUCUUAUCUCGUGAGAAGAGGGGAGAACACCUAAGUUGGCUCUGCAUGUUCUGGAUGAUUGGAGGAAUUUAUGCUUCAGCAAUGGCCUGGACUAUUAUUCCACACUACGGUUGGGGCUUUAGCAUGGGAACCAAUUAUCAUUUCCACAGCUGGAGGGUGUUUGUGAUUGUCUGUGCUCUCCCAUGCAUGGCCUCCAUGGUUGCCUUGAAGUUCAUGCCAGAGAGUCCACGUUUUCUAUUGGAGAUGGGUAAACAUGAUGAAGCCUGGAUGAUUCUCAAGCAUGUGCAUGACACCAAUAUGCGAGCCAAGGGGGCACCUGAGAAAGUAUUCACAGUUUCCCACAUCAAAACCCCCAAGCAAAUGGAUGAGUUCAUUGAAAUACAAAGCUCAACGGGGACCUGGUACCAACGCUGGCUGGUCAGAUUCACUACUACUUUUAAACAGGUCUGGGACAAUGCCUUAUAUUGUGUGAUGGGUCCCUACAGAAUGAAUACACUGAUUCUGGCUGUGGUUUGGUUUACAAUAGCUCUGAGUUACUAUGGCCUAAUAGUUUGGUUCCCAGACAUGAUUCGCCAUAUUCAAGAUGAAGCUUACAGGGCUAAGGAGAAGAUCUUUACACAUGAGCAUCUGGAACAUGUCACAUUCAAUUUUACGUUGGAGAACCAGGUGCAUGAACAUGGGAAGUUCUUCAAUGAUAAGUUCUACAAGAUGAAAUUCAAGAAUGUAAUCUUUGAGUCUUCCUUCUUUGAUGAAUGCUAUUUUGAAGAUGUGGUGUCUCCUGGGACUUUCUUCAAAAACUGCACUAUUGAAUCCACUGUCUUCUAUAACACAGAUCUCUAUCACCAUAAAUUCAUUGGUUGCCAGUUCAUCAACACCACCUUUAUGGAGCAGAAAGAGGGGUGCCACUUGGACUUUGAAGAAGACAAUGACUUCCUAAUUUACCUUGUUAGCUUCCUUGGCAGUCUGUCUGUAUUACCUGGCAACAUUGUAUCAGCUCUGCUCAUGGACAAAAUUGGGAGAAUCAAGAUGAUUGGUGGCUCCAUGCUGAUAUCGGCGGUCUGCUGCUUCUUCCUGUUUUUUGGCAACAGUGAGUCUGCCAUGAUUGGCUGGCAGUGCCUGUUCUGCGGGGCCAGCAUUGCUGCGUGGAAUGCUCUGGAUGUGAUUACGGUGGAGCUGUAUCCCACCAACAAAAGAGCGACAGCCUUUGGUAUCCUCAACGGCAUCUGCAAAUUUGGGGCCAUCUUGGGAAAUUCCAUCUUUGCUUCCUUUGUAGGGAUAACCAAAGUGGUUCCCAUCCUUCUGGCUUCCUCCUCUCUGGUUGGGGGAGGCCUGAUUGCCCUUCGAUUGCCAGAGACUCGAGAACAGGUCCUGAUGUGAACAGCUUGAGGGAGAAGCAAAGACCUGAAGAGCCAUAUCAAGGAAAAUUGAUGUGCCCCUCUUGCUGUUUAUCACUUUCUGAUGGAUCCCUCAGAUAACAGGGGAAGAAAAGCUAAUUUUGAGACCCAUAGUUUAGGACCAGUUUCAACUGUGAGAAUGCUGUGACCUCAGUGGAUUGAUUUGGUGGUCCCAACAACCACCCAUAGGAACACAGAGCUUUGUGCGUCGCCUUUGGUUUCCCUAACCCAAGGCUUGGGGAGUGAGGGUACAGCAUCUUCUCUUCCAGUGAGCGCACAUACUGUGCAGGAGUGAGGGGGACCAUCUCUACUUCUUUCCCUUAAGUAAGGUAUAGGUCAUAGUUUGCAUUUCAAUACUACUUUUCAGCCAGGCUUCUUCACAGAAUAUGUCAGGGUCAGAAAAGUUCACAAAUUGUUUUAGUUAAAGAUUCGAUCUUUUUGACUUUUGGUAUGAGGAAGAAGUAUGUGUGUGUGUGCGUGUAUGUAUGUAUGUAUGUGUUUUUAAAGAUUUUAAAAUGCCACCUUUUUCAAUUUCCAUUUAAAAAUUAAGCAGAAGCAUCCCAAAUGCCCCCAAACAGAACCAAAUAUAUGACUGUUUGGAGCAAUAGUUGUUGAAAUUGACCAUUGUUCUCCAGCUACAUCCUAUCCAUUAGAUCAAAAUUAGGAAAUCCAAUGAAAUGAUGGGAAGUUUAUUUUUUAUCUAGUUUUAUUAGAAGGCAAUUAUGUGAUGAACAUUUGGCAAACCAAAUAUAUACAUAUGAUGACAUGACAGAAGAGGGUAUUUGGACAUUAACAUUUAGAAUAUGGGAUCUAGAGAUGUUAGUAGCAUUUUGUUCAUAUUCGGGAAGGCAUUGUUGUUUGGAUUCCCAGUAGAGAUAGGUCAGAUCUCCGUGUUUGCACGGUUUCUUAAAGCCAUUUAACCUGUUAUCUAGAGGAUGCACUAGUAAGCUCACAUUGUACAGUUCAUUAACCCAGGCGCUUUUCUCUGCAUUAAGUGGAUCAGUUAAGUUUACAUGCUAUAGAGAUCAUCCAUGAAAUACAAAUAUAUGGUCCUCAUGACCUGAAUUUGACUUCUAUCACUUAUCAGGACUCAGAGUAAGAUGAGUUCAACGGCCUUUGGCUAUCAUCUUGUGGGCAAGAACAAAAUACCAUUCACUGGGGUGAAAAAAGGGUCAACGUUUUACAAAAUGUAGAUUCCUUUCAUUUGUUCUAGCAGUUAGCCAAUUUAGUGUCUGUCAAAAGAGGACAUGUCCCAUGGGCAGGUAAUCCCUCUGUGCAAAUACUGCAUGCCUGCCUUUCUUUCAUUCAAGACCUUCCCAAUGUUGGAGAAGAAGAGAGUGGAAUAUUUACUCAGUCAGCUUUCCAUUGUUCAGUAUUUUAAGAAAGUUGUUCUGGGAUGAUUGGAUCGAGAACUUAGAUGUGGCUAAGCAUAUUGGAUAUCUUGUAUGGAAAGAGGGAGCAGUAGAUGGAAUGAUGGCCUCUUUAUUAUACAUAGCAUUCAUUUUGCACAUUGGUUUGCAGUGUAUUCUUUGACUGUUAAAUAAAUGUGAUCUAUCCACUG